CAGGCAGAGACAAGCAGACACAGAGACACACACAGACUGACACCUACCUCAACAGGUGUUUCCACCUAAAUCUUCCUCAGAUUCAGAAGCAGAAGAGGAGACAGGUGAUAAUGGUAUCAUUCAGCACAGAGGUGACCUGCUGGAUUUUCUCCAGUCAGGCAAAGAGAUGACAGCUGCCUCUGGCUUACAUGAAGGAUACUAUGGCACAUUGCAAAGUCUCAAGAUGAAAAACAGACAGCAGCUGUUAGAGGCGGGCUUGCUGUAUCAGGCAAAGUUAGAGAACAACCGCAAACUGUCCAGGGAAGAUGAGGAGCUAAAAGACUUCUUCCAAGACAAUGGACCAUGGACUCUGAAGACAAGGUCCUAUGAUGCUUUGAGAUUUGGGGACAUGAGGCAGUCCAGUUCUUUGACUGACCUCACCUGGGACAGUCCCUUAAUUCAUAAAUCCCAUGAGAGGCCAAAGAGCGCCACAUCUGCCUGGAUCUCUUCUAUUACCAUCCCCCAGCCUUUCAAGAUGACCUUACGGGAGGCUCACAAGAAGUCCCACUUGAUAAAGUCACGUGCAUUUCUUGAGCUAGAGAAAGAGAGAGACAAAAGACAAAGCCAAGAGGAAGCAGAGUGCCAGAAGCAGUUUCGGGCACAGCCAGUGCCUGCCCAUGUGUUCCUUCCACUCUACCAGGAGCUAAUGGAGCAGAAUGAGAUUCGCAGACAUGUGGCAAUACAGAGGAGGAAGGAGCUGCUCCUUUCAACUCAGCAACCCUUCAGCUUCAUGGAGAAGGAAAAGGAGAAGGAAGCCAUCAGAGAGAAGGUUCUGGCAGCGCUGACUCCAACUGAGAGCUCCAAACAGAAAGCCAGCAAGAAAGUCUCUAAAUCCAUCUACAGCCCUGUUCUUGGAGAUAAACUCAAAGUCUGCUUUCCAGUGCCCCAAACACAUACCAGGUUCUUUGAAGAAAGUCCAUUACUUAUGUACAUCUUCAACAGAGAACUUUUGUGCCAACACUACUGUCUAUCAUCCCUUCUACAAGAAGCUGAACUCUUCAGGAAAAUACGCAUUCAGAUGAGAGCCAAGGAUCUGCUGGAAAGCUCUUUUGCUCCUUUUGAUCCCAGCAGUAGACAAAGAGAGCCACACUUCCGAACUGCCACUAAGACUAAGGAAGAAAAACUUGGCUUCCUACAGGAUAACUUCAGCUUUAAACCAAGAAUUAACCCAGCAGUACCUGAUUUUGGAGGACUUUACUGGGCGUUCCAGAAAGAAGCAAUAAGAAGACAAGAAGUCAAAGAGGCAACACCUAAUAAACUGUUCAAACUAAGAACCGCCAAUCUGCACUGUAGGCAAAGACAGGCUAAUGAGAAGAUAACAAAGGAUUUUCAGCAGCUUUCUUUGGUCCCCAUGCAAAGAAGUCAUUCUUUGACUGGUCUCUCCUCUCUCUCUUCCAACACCCUUCCAGUGAAUAUAACAGAUGCAGCAAGAAAGAGGGAAUCUGCAAUUAGAUAUGUCCAGGAAGACAAAAAGCAAAGGGAGAAAGAAGGAAUUAAUUGGAUGGAGGUACACAGAAAGAAGUCCCAGGCCAUGCAUAGAUCUAUAAACAGCCGAGCAAAAGCCCUGGACACCCAUAAAAGCCUAGAGGAGACCCACAAGGAGAAGUUGAAACAGAACUGGCAGAAUGACCGAAAGAGAACAAAGGAAUACAGAAAAGAGCUGGAAGAAAUGGAGAUACGAGUCAAGAACAGACCGUACCUCUUUGAACAGGUCACCAAGCAUGAUGCCAGACAAGAGGCAGAGCGACAUUACCGAGAUACACUUCAGCAGGUGGGACUGAAUGAAGAAUUCGUACAGAACAAAGGGAGAGAUGCCACUGACAUGCUGGAGGAGAAGUCCAGAACUCAAAAGCACACAAGCCCAAGAAGCACAGACAUUGGGUCAGCAGAGAAGAAAGAGAAUAGAACUGAGGAGCUGCCAACAUAAGAAUGCAGUGGAAGAGUCCACGGAAAGACUUGCAAGUACUUUAAUUCAAGAUGCUCUAGUGUGAGCCCUCAAGGAACUAUUUCCAAGUAGCUGACAAUACAUACAUACAUACAUACAUACGCAUGCUGAGGAAAGGGGUGAGGAUUGACUGCUGCCUUGUACAUUUCCUGCCCUACAUCACAUCACAGUUCUGCAAACCAGAGUCAUUCUCCCCAUGAGCUACAUCCAUCUCCUCUCCUGUUUUGGGACUUGGAACCAGCAAUGGGAAGCAGGCAAGGUAAGAGGGUAACAAGAUUGCAGCACCAUUGCAGAAAGGAAAGAGACAUGAAUGGCUAGAGCCUUGUAUUACUGCCUGGGGAAAUGAGACGUUUUUUCAAAUUCUGCUUUGAAUCACUUUUUUUCUUUUUUCCUUGCACUUUGGGAUUUGUUGAUGCCUUUCAUGGAGUGUGUUGAGGUGGAUUCUAAAUAAGAUAUUUAUGCAGAAUAAGAGGAUUAUGGAUUUGACCUCCUCUUAGAGAAGGUCUGGAAAGCAGCUCUCCUUCUCCCUGUCAUCAUGGAGGAAAGCACUCUAUUAUGAAGCUAUAUUUUAUACCUCUGUUUUUUUGAUUGAGAUCACUGGUUUGUCCAGAAAAUGGCAAGAUUUACUAUGAAUGCAAAUAAGAAUGUUUGCACAAAAACUUAAAAGUAGUUUGUCACAGUGAGAUUUCAAAUAACGUAGAUCUAUAUUGUUUUCUCCAUUUCUAGGUGAAAAAUCAGUUAAUCCCUUCAAGCUUGCCAUCUGCUUCAGCAGCAUCCCAAUUAUUUGCCAUAAUUAAACAAAGUAGGGCUAUCAAACUAUUUAAAAAUAUUAUUGCAAUUAGUUGCAUGAUUAAAAAAAUUAGUUGCAAGUAAUCAUGAUUUUAAUUGCACGGCUAAAAACCUCAAAAUCAUGCACAGAAAAACUCAAAAUUAUGCAGGUACUUUGUAUUGGGGGGAGGGGGGACGGGGACCCCCCCCCCCCCCCUGUACACAAACCCUAGGCAGUUCCCAAGGCCUGGCCCUCCAACUCCGCCCCCUGCUCCCCAAUACACUUACCUGCAUCCAGCUGCUGAGUCUGCUUCCAGGACCCUGCCAGGCUGCUUGCUGGCCACGUGUGGCCCAGCCCCAGUGAGGGGAGAGGGGCUGCUUUUCCCACAGCACCAGCAGUGAUUAAUGCAUGUUAAAGAAGUUAAAACCAAAUUAAUGCGUUAAUCGUGCACGUUAACCAUGAUUAAUUGACAGCCCUAAAAUAAAAAGUAAUUAAUGUGGGGGAGGAGGGAUGUGGAAUGUUUUCUUUAAAAUAAAGUUGAAACACGAAGAUUGUACAAUGGUUCCUUUUUUAACUUUUUGUGAAAUAUCUGAUUUUCCAAAUGUCUUUAGGCUGUAGGGAGGUGAGGGAG